AUGGUUUCCUUAUUCGCGACGGUUCUUCUGUGCGUAGCCUCGGUUCUGGUUUCAGCAACUCGUGCGACGGCCAAAUCGACUUGCACUCUGAGUGACUCCGAAGCAUGUCCGGUUGAAAGUUUUUCGUCGUUAUCCGACGAUGGUAGCGUACUUGUAUACCCAGGAGGUAACACGCGUUGCGCCUUCGACAACUACCAAGACUCUGUGACGGGGUUUACGACGAACUCCACGUACUUCUUCCAGGUGUUUCCAAACACGAACCAGGACAAGUCCAAGCUGCUGAUUUUCUUCCAAGGCGGAGGUGGCUGUACCGAUAACAAUACAUGUGCCUUCGGUUUGGAGUGCUCACUUGCUGAGAACGCGCUGUUUACCACCGUUGCUACGGUUCGGGGAGCUGGAGUUAUCGAUCGAUUCAAGGAGGACAAUAUGUUUAAGGAGUGGAAUGUGGUAUUCGUGCCAUACUGCACGGGUGACGUUCACGUUGGGAGCAGAGUUCUUCCUGCAUUCGAGAGCGGCAUGGAGCAGCAAUUAGGCAAUCCACAGUGUCUCGGAAGAGAUUUUCCCAUUUGGUGGUGCAAGUGCUGGAUCGCUGGGCGCCCAGUUUUGCAGUGCUCACAUCGCCGACAUGUGGAAUGUUGA